AUGAGGACUUCAAUUCUCGCUCUCGUCAACCUGAGUCUCGUGACUUUGACCGUCGCUCAGAACUCCAGUUCCAACGCCACCGAUUGUGUUUCUUCCUACCAACUUUGUUUAGAUAAUGGCGGAGCUGAUAAUACAUGCCAAUCUGCUAACGCAAAGUGCAAAAAUGUAUGUUCCGAUAGCUAUGGAACUUGUCUUUCGUCCUCCGAUAAAUCGACAUCGGCGAACUCGGCUGGAAGGGACUGCGCAUCUCUGUUUUCCGCCUGUCACGAUGCUGGAAAGGCAGACAAUACUUGCAAUAGUUAUGCAGCACAAUGCAAGGACAAAUGUAGUACGAUUUAUUCCACAGCCCUCACCAGUGGAUCUCCAGACUCGUCGGCAGCCAGCACACAAUACAACAACUGUCUAGAUUCGUUCAGCGUCUUUUCCACAAGGGAAUCCUCCUCUGGUCUCGAUUGUGUCUCCCAUUUUUCGUCCUGCAGAGCGAAUGGUACCGACGAUAAUACGUGCAAUUCUUAUACCGCUCAGUGUAAAGACAAAUGUAGUGUCGUCUACGGGGUUUGUUUGAGCAGCGGGUCCGCUGAUGACUCGCUAUGCAUGAAUCAGUAUAACAAUUGCUUAGAUUCCUUCACGCCCUCGACCUCAUUGGAUUGCGUCAGUAGUUUUACAAAAUGUCGAAAUGACGGCGGCGAAGCCAAUACCUGUGCGUCUUUAUCAGCGACAUGUAAGAAUGAUGCGUCAAUCAAUUACUCGACCUGUUUAUCGAGCGGAGAUUCCGAUGAAUCAGCGUGCCUUGAACAAUACGAUUCAGCCCUCGUCCAAUUCAACACCCCAACUUUGCAGGAUAAUACCGACUGUGUCACGAGGUUCACUGGAUGUGAAAAUGACGGAAAGAAAGACAGCCUUUGUCAAAGCGACAACGCCCAGUGUAAAACUGAUUGUUCUACUUCCUAUUCCACAUGUUUAAGUAGUGGAGAUUCAGCACUUUCGGCACCUUGUCUUGAACAGUACAACUUCUGUCUCGUGACCUUCGCCUGGAACACCAACACUACGACCACUGGGCAAGAUUGUGUGUCUAAGUAUAUGUCUUCUACCGGAGAAAAUAAUUCACGCAAUGCCGAGGCGGCACAAUGCAAGUCUGCAUGUUCAACUUCUUAUUCGACAUGCUUAAGUAGUGGCGACGAAUCUCUCGAGGCGCCUUGCCUUGCGCAGUACAACUUCUGCCUUGUUGAUUUCAAAGCCACUACCACGACCACCGAUUGUGCCUCCACCUACCUCACAUGCGAUGGUGCAGAGAACACCUGUGCCGCUGGGGUAGCCAGCUGUAAGAACACAUGCUCAGUUUCCCUCGAUAUCUGUCAAAGUUCGGGAGAUUCAGCUCUCACGGCAUCAUGUCAAAAACAUUAUCAAUCCUGCCUUGUUUCGUUCAAAUCUGCUACAGCUGCUAUUGGAGAAGAUUGUGUAGCUUCUUUCACUUCUUGCAGAGAUGCUGGUGGGGAAGAUAAUACGUGUUCUUCGGAAAUCGCCAGUUGCAAGAAUAAGUGCAGCUCAGUUUACGACAUCACCUCGACAUCAGGCGAUAAUUCCACCAUCGCAGCAUCGCAAGCACUCCGUCUCUACGACAACUGCCUCGUAUCAUUCUCCGUGAACGAAACCACCACCACGGGUCAAGACUGCGCCUCCAAAUACUACGCCUGCGACCUCUCUGGCCUCUCAGCAUCCAAUUCCUGCAACAGCGAUUACGCAACCUGCAAAAAUGAUUGCGGCGUCAUUCUUGACGCCUGCCGAAGUUCCGGAGAUGAUAGUUUGGUCAGUAUGUGUGAUAGUAUGUACAACGGAUGUUUGGAUCCGGUGUUGAGCAGCAAUAUCACAACUAAUGCGACGGUGCAAAUUAAUGCCACUUCGACUUAUAUCCUCCCUACCAAAUCUGCCUUUUUCAAUUUGACAGGCGCAUAUUCUACUAUCGUAAGUCAGGUUUUGGCUUCGAGUACCGCCGCUGCUGCUUCGGGUCAUAUAAGUGCGCGUCCGGCAGUAUCUAGCAAUAGCAAUAGUACUGGAUACUAUGCCCAAGCGACUUCGAUUUCGACUUUGACUUCAUUCUCCAAAGCAGCACUUGUAACGGGCACUGCUGGCUCCUCGCUACCAAUUGUUACUGCUUCCGCUAGCUAUGCGUUUACUAAUUCUACAUUGAGCGCUGCUAUUGUUAUUCCUACGGUUACUGUUUCUGUUUCUGGCUCGGAUUCGGUUGAGAGUUUGAGUCCGGGUGGUGUGGUGAAGGCGGUUGUGGAUGCUGAUGCUGAUGAUGAUGCGUGUGAGACGUAG